CGGCGACAACACGCUGGCUGGUCCAGCAGAAGAAAGUAUUUAAAAAAGUGACUUUUCGAUCGUGGUCAACAACAAUGGAGGGAGCCGCGCCGCAGCAUAAGCGCUACAUCUGCUCUUUCACGGAGUGCCUGGCAGCUUACAACAAGCAGUGGAAGCUGGACGCCCACAUGUGCUCGCACACGGGGAUCAAGCCACACGCGUGUCCGCAAGACGGCUGCGCCAAGUCCUUUACCAGCUCAUAUCACCUGGCCCGCCACCAGCUCACUCACAGCGGCCUGCGCCCCUUCCCGUGCGAGGUGACCGGCUGCGGGGAGGCCUUCACCACCAAUGCCAACCGCGUGCGCCACGUCAGUCGCGUCCACGCGGAAGGAGAGACGAAGCGCUAUGUUUGCACGGUAGACGUUUGCGACGCCGUCUUCAAGAAGCACCAGCAGCUCAAGGCGCACAUGAGUGAGAGCCACACGCACGUUCCCGCCUACGCGUGCACGCACGAGGGCUGCGAUAAGCGCUUCAGCUUUCCAAGCCGUCUCAAGCGACACCUCAAGGUGCACCAAGGCUACCCCUGCAACCUCUCAGGCUGCACCUUCACGGGCUCUACAUGGACCGAAUACGUGAAGCACCGCAAGGAGCAACAUCGACGCCAAGCGAUGUGCCCAGAGUGUGGCAAGUCUUUCAAGGACAACUGGUUCCUGGAGCAACACCGGCGCGUACACGCCGACACACGGAAGGUGUAUCGGUGUCCGCGCGACACGUGUGACCGCUCAUUCACCACCACCUUCAACCUGCAAAGCCACCUGCGCACAUUCCAUGACGAGCGGCGGCCCUUCUCCUGCGACCACCCUGGUUGUGAGCGGACCUUUGCCAUGAAGCAGAGCCUACAGCGGCACAGUGUUGUUCACGACCCGCAGCGGAAGAAGAUGACGCGGCCCAAGAGGUCACUGGCAUCCCGGUUGAGCGGAUGCAGUGACAAGAUGGCAAAAUCGAGGGUGCCCGAGACCCAGAAGCCUCCCGGUCCGGUGGAGCUUGUCCAUCUCCUGCAAGACACAGCCCUGCUCGGUGGAACUCCUCAGGAACUGUAAGCGCUGAUAUCACUGUCUACAUUGUAGACGAGAAGUGUUUCUCAUAUAUUUUCUCUUACUCCAACACAGGAAGAGGAACAUUUUCUUUCUCUGUAUAGAGAGGUCCUUAAUGCAGGGGUUGGGAACCUAUGGCUCUCGAGCCAGAUCUGGCUCUUUGACGGCUGCAUCUGGCUCGCAGACAAAUCUUUAAUUAUUAAAAAAAAUUUCGUCAUACUCCUUUGUGCAUUGCGUGAAACUGCAACGGUCAUACGCUGGUGUUGUGCAGUAAUGAGCAGACAUGACUUUAGCGGCGUAUGUUAACUUUUUUUAAUGCUCCGACAACACUCGCGAACUUCACACUAGAUAUUAUCAAAUAGCAACCUAGGUGUGCUACAUUAUAUACCCCCAAGUCCCAUGCCAUUGGCUGCAUGAGCCCGGGGUGAUCAUGGAACACGUAGUCCAUACACUAAAAGACGAGGAGUAUCAUACUUUUCAGCAGGACAUAAAUGCGGCACAGUUUUUUUUCUCUCGCUUUGGAUGAGUCGACAGAUGUAAGCUAUUUAUUCCAGUUCAGCGUGAUUGCAAGGUUUUGACUAUGAAAGGGACAAGAGGGGAGGAUUUAUUCAAGUCCUUUAUGAAGUCCGCUAAAGGAAAAAAAUCUACCGAUGGAUAAACUUAUUUCGGUUGACCAGUAACUUAUGGUAAGAAAUACUCAUCAUUGAUUAGCAACAACAUAACAAUGUUAUUAAAAAUAAUUCAGAGUUAUUGUACUUUAAAAUUGUUGAAAUUACAUAAAAUACACACAUUAGUUAUAUUUUUAUUUUUUAACAUAUUGUAUGGCUCUCACAGAAUUACAUUUAAAAAUAUGUGGUGUUCACUUGUGGCUCUCAGCCAAAAAGGUUCCCGACCCCUGCCUUAUUGUAUUGUUGAUUACUUUGGAGUUAUAUGAGAAAAAAAACUAUUUUCCUAAUUAAAAUAAUGGAAAAACUUAAUGAGUGCCUUCAUUCACAUUUGUCACAUUUUCAUGAUAUGGGCUAUACACUGUCUUUGUGGAAAUUAAAGCAGACCGAUCAGCUGGGACAAAAAGUUCCAGGAGCAAUAGCUUAGUUUUCAAAUAUCUUGUCAUAUUUGUCUCUUAUUUGACAAAAUUAUCCCCCUUGUUAAUGUUCAUAAAACUCAUAGUAAUCAAAUUUACAAGCAUUUUCAUUUGGCUAAUGUACUGGACUGUCUCAGAAAAUUAGAAUACACAAUAUUCUAAUUUUU